CUGUUUAUAUGGAUCAAGUUACCUUGAACAACUUCAGAGUUCAGAAGAAGUUUGGAGUGCAUCAACACUUGUCAGAUAUUCCAUUGUAUUAGCAGUGGCUACCCUGCAGAAGGAAGACAAUGAUGGGUGAUGCAAGUGAAAUGCUGGCUGCAGCUUUGGAACAGAUGGAUGGCAUCAUUGCAGGGUCCAAAGCACUGGAAUAUUCCAAUGGCUUAUUUGAUUGCCAGUCCCCAACUUCUCCAUUUAUGGGAAGUUUGCGCGUUCUGCAUCUUGUGGAAGACUUGCGGGGUUUGUUGGAAAUGAUGGAAAUGGAUGAAAAAGAAGGACUGCGGUGCCAGGUUCCUGAUUCGACAGCAGAGGUUUUGAUUGAAUGGCUGCAAAAUCAAAUGAUUAAUGGACAUUUGUCUGCUAACGGAGAUGUGUAUCAGGAGAGGCUUACACGGCUGGAAAGCGACAAGGAAUCUCUUGUGCUGCAAGUGAGUGUUCUUACUGACCAAGUGGAUGCUCAGGGAGAAAAGAUCAGGGAUUUGGAAUUGUGCUUGGAGGAACACAGAGAGAAGCUGAACGCAACAGAAGAAAUGCUACAGCAGGAGCUCUUAAGCAGAACAUCCCUUGAAACCCAAAAGUUGGACCUUAUGGCUGAAGUCUCCAACCUAAAGCUUAAGCUGACCGCUGUGGAAAAGGACAGGCUGGAUUGCGAAGACAGGUUCAGAGACGCAGAAGAUUUGAUGCAGGAGGUUAAUGAUUUGCGGUUAAAAGUAGGAGAAAUGGACAGGGAAAGACUUCAGUAUGAGAAAAAGCUUAAGUCUACCAAAGAAGAACUAUCGUCUUUAAAAGAGAAAUUAGAACAGAAGGAAUCAGAGAUAAAACGAUUGCAAGAGAAACUGGUCCAUCAGGUGAAAGGAGAGAUUGACAUAAAUGACAGAGAUGACAAUUGUAAAAAGAAGCUCAAAGACAAAAAUAUUGAGGUGCAGAAGAUGAAGAAGGCUGUGGAAUCUCUACUGGCAGCAAAUGAAGAAAAGGAUCGGAAGAUUGAGGACCUUCGGCAGUCCCUCAAUCGUUACAAGAAGGUGCAGGACAUGGUGAUUUUGGCCCAAGUGAAGAAAGGCAAGGAUGAUGAAAGUGAAGAAAUUGUAAGCCCAGGAUCUGUUUCCUCAGCCUUGUUAGAAUCACAGAAUCUAAAUGAAGCUGAGAAAAGUCCAUCUUCUACACCGCUUUCAAGUUCUCCAAACCAUGAAGAAUUGAGAACAAAAAGUUCUGAAGAGAAUUCCAUACAGCUCCAUACCAGUGUCUUGCAGGUUUCCAUUCCUUCUUUUUCACAGUCAUUGAGACAUUCAGAAGAAGCUACUGAUAAAGGAAACAUCCCAUCUAAGAUGGAAACUGCAAGUGAAAGCAGUGAAAAACACACAGCGGGGGUUUCCAUAGAAACACAGCUAAGUGAUACAAAAAUAAGUUCAGCUCUACAAAAAUCUAGCAGUCUUGGAAACUUGAAGAAAGAAGCCUCAGAUGAUAAAGAGUCCAGAGAGAAGCAAGAAGAGAAUAAAGCACCGAUGGAGAGUAGCAAAUAUGGAACUCUUCCUUGCAAGUCUCCGGGCGAAGAAGAUGCUUUUGGAACUCGCAAAGCCAGGUCUUCUUUUGGCCGAGGCUUUUUCAAGAUCAAAACUAAUAAAAGAACAGCAAGUGCACCUAACUUGGAUCGCAGUCGAAGUGCCAGUGCUCCCAUCUUAGCAGAGACUGAGAAAGAAUCAGCCGAUCACCUAGAUCUGGCUGGCUUUCCAUGCCAACCAAAAGGCGCAGAAGGUGGACCUCUGACUCCACCUUCUCCUGACUCUAAGAAGAAAACGAGAGGAAUCAAAAAGUUGUUUGGCAGACUAAGAAGAAGCCAGUCUACCACAUUUAAUCCUGAUGAUAUGACAGAAACAGAGUUCAAAAGAGGAGGGACAAGAGCAACAGCAGGUCCAAGACUAGGCUGGUCAAGAGAUCUUGGGCAAUCUAACGAUUUGGACAUGCCGUUUGCCAAGUGGACUAAAGAGCAAGUUUGUAACUGGCUGCAGGAGCAGGGCCUGGGUUUUUAUAUCAGUAAUGGAAAACACUGGAUACUAUCUGGCCAGACACUCUUGCAAGCAUCCCAGACUGAUUUGGAGAAGGAACUUGGAAUAAAGCAUCCGCUACAUCGGAAAAAAAUUCAACUUGCACUUCAGGCAUUAGGUUCAGAAGAAGAAAACAAUUACGGAAAGUUGGACUACAAUUGGGUUACAAGGUGGCUGGAUGACAUUGGGUUGCCCCAGUAUAAGACACAAUUUGAUGAAGGAAAGGUGGAUGGCCGAAUGCUUCAUUACAUGACCAUUGAUGACCUGUUAUCUUUGAAAGUCGUGAGUGUUCUCCACCAUCUUAGCAUCAAACGUGCCAUUCAGGUCCUCAGAAUAAACAACUUUGAACCCAAUUGUCUACGGAGGAGACCAUCUGAUGAGAAUAACAUCACACCAUCAGAAGUUUCCCAGUGGACUAAUCAUCGGGUGAUGGAAUGGUUGCGUUCUGUUGAUCUUGCAGAAUAUGCUCCUAAUUUAAGAGGAAGUGGUGUUCAUGGUGGCCUAAUGGUUUUGGAACCUCGUUUUAACGUAGAGACCAUGGCACAGCUGCUUAACAUCCCACCAAAUAAGACGCUGCUGAGACGGCACUUGGCAACCCACUUUAAUUUGCUGAUUGGAAGUGAAGCUCAACAAGAAAAACGUGAGGCCAUGGAGUCUCCUGAUUAUGCCCUUCUAACAGCUACUGCCAAAGUGAAGCCAAAGAAACUUGUUUUUAGUAACUUUGGAAAUUUAAGGAAGAAGAAGCAGGAAGAUGGGGAAGAGUACGUGUGCCCAAUGGAUUUGGGUCAAGUGGCAGGAGUUGGAUCCAAGAAAGGGUUUAAGCCGGGUUUAGAUAUCAGAGUGUAUGAUGAUGAUGAUCUGGACAGAUUGGAACAGAUGGAAGAUUCUGAAGGGACCGUGAGGCAAAUUGGGGCAUUUUCUGAAGGCAUCAACAACUUGACUCACAUGUUAAAAGAAGAUGAAAUGUUCAAAGACUUUGCCACCCGUUCUCCCAGUGCCAGUAUAACAGAUGAGGAUUCAAAUGUGUGACGGGGUCAGUGAGGGACACCUGUCCUACUUGGAGUUCCACUGCUGUAUGUGAUGGACACCACACAUCGUGUGAAGUCACUUUUGCUUCUGUUUGUAAGAAGUGAUGGGGGAGUGGGGUGAGAUAAUAAGAGGUGUCUAAUCUAAGUUCUGGAAAAUUGUUAGGAUGGGAAGAAAGAGCCUCAUAACCUUUUUUUCCCUCUAGUGUAGCAACUUGUGACAUCAUGUUUAAUAAGACUCUACAGCAUAACAUUUUAAGCAUGUAGAUUGUGCCAUAAUGCACUUUUGUAAUUUUCUUUUUCUUCAAGUAAUACAAAAAAGGGGAAAAAAUUAAAUUGCAGACUUCUGGCAUUAGCAUCCAUUGUAGAUAUUUCUGCAGAAAAAAUAAAUACCGGUUUUCCUCGAACUGGUCCAAAAUACCAAUCAGCCAGAUAACCUCUCACGUUGAAAUUCCUGCAUGACUUCUUUUUUCAAUAUGGCUUUUAUGAAAAAGAAAAAUGUAUUGAGUACAUAAGUUUUAUACUGUGAUGUAAGGUGAUAACUUAAAACAUAAAACGGAGCUGGAUAGCAGAGAAGUCAGACUCACCUUCGAAAUUGCUUGCAUUGCCCCCGCCAACUCCCCUCUUCCAAAUGGGCUCUGCUUUCUGACAUUAGGAAUGAAAUGGCUGAAAAUUACAAUGGCCCUGCGAUGUGAAAACUGUCCCUUUCCCAUUUAUAAAAUACGUUUUUCGUAACAUUUUAAACUUCAGUUGUUGCAGCUGAAAAUCUGGAGACUGAGAAACAACACAUAACUUUGGAAGGGAAGCCAUUUUUUCUUCUUCUCAAAUUCUGCAUCGCAAGCCUUUAUCUUUAAUGAAGAGGAAUAUUAGCCAAUCCAUGUUAUUUUACAGUAUUAAAUUCAAAUAUGAAAUCUUGCCUUUGAACUACAGUUUAUGAUAACGUAACAUAAUGAUGUUUAUACUUGUUUUUUUAAAAAAUAAAGCAUGUAUUUUUUACUAUUUUUUUUAAACAAUCUGACUUGUAAAAUUCAGAUUCGCCAUUGAAAAAAUUGGCCAGACUCUUUUCCUGUUCCAAUACUACCCUGAAAUACUUAAUUUACUUUUGCAUAAAGUGACGGUGAUGCAAACAUUUGGAAUUUACUGUUUGAAUGAUUUGCUCGUGCUAUGGAGAGGUGUUGACCUCAACUUUGGAAUUGCUAAUCCAAAGAUUUUUUGCAAGAAUAGCUAGUUAGAUUUUUGGCAUGUACUCAGGUACUCAUAUUAGUGGUUGCCAGUUUAUUCAUUCAAUUGAAUCUCAUUCAUUCAGUUCUCGGGAAUGUACCAUUUUAGAUUGCAUCUAGAUAAAGGCUUAUCUUAAUGUUUCACCUCAUCAGAUCUUUUUGUCUUGUGAAACUUAAUUUUUCAAGUAGUCGUUGCCUUGCCUUUUAUGUUGACGGGCUAACUUGUUUUGUCGUGAAACAGGGAACAUGUGGUUGAAAUGGAAUUUUCUGCUGUGCAAUUUAUUUGCACACGCAGGUUGGUGCUGAUCUAAGAAUGUUUUGCUACAUACACAUUUAUUUACAGUCAGAACCAUGAUCAAAAUUCAUGGCGUUGAUGUUCUAAAAAAUAAUCUGUUUCUACAUCUUUAAAGUGUUGAAAAGCUUUCUCUAUCCAGUGUAUGCAAGCAUGGGCUAUUGACCCUUAAUAAUUCUCUACAUUUAUUCCUAACCAUUUGUUUCAUUGGGUGGCUGAGCUUGUUCAAAUGAAGGCAGACAGCCUUUGUAAAUAAAUAUAAUUUAUGAAUUAAGGAGUUCACUUCGUUAGUUAAAAGCAAAACGCCGCCCUUACCAGCAGCUCACUGAAGCUACUUUGUAAAAUGCAUCUACUAUCCACAGUUGGGUCUUCUGCUCCCUAGAAAUAGAUUUUGCACUGAUUGGGUAAAAUACAAGCAGAAAAUCAAGAUCAGAUGCAAAAUCACGUUAAUCCAAAGAUUCAAACCACAGUGGAAACAUCUUAAAAAAACUGUUGCGCAUUAUGAAGAGCAUCAGGCAUAUUAAUUUUUAAUCCUGAUGCAUAUGGCUGUCUUUUUUCUUUUUUUCCUGGUUAGGAGAAUAGUUCUUAUUAUUACUGUGGGCCUGGGGAGAGUAAUAUAAGACUCUUAAUUAAGCCAAGUGGUUAAUAUAAAUGUAGACAAAAUGAAAUAUCAUUAUGGUAUUUUAUUGGGAUGUUUGUAUACAAAGAGGUCAGCGGAAAUAUAUGUAUUGCCGUGUUAAAUAAAUAAAAACCUACUGAGAAAUAAAA